ACAAACAAUAAGCCCAGGAUGAAGUGACACGUUAGAGGCGGGGCAGUAACAUGUUGGCCAACAUGUGGAGGCGCAUCAAUCUGGCGCAUGUUUCAUGUUGCAUGCAUCUGCAGACUGCAGAUUGCAUGACAGCACGCUACAUUGGUCAGGGGACGGACGGACCCAGAUCCGAAGAUAUGCAUACGAGAACCUUCAUGGAUGGAUUGGUCAGGUUGGCUUGCAAACAGAGCACUGCAGGAUUGAGGACUGGGACGCCAAAGGGGCCUAAUCGACAUUGCUUGAAAGGUGUACGUGGGUGUGGUGGCGGCGGCUGAGUUUGCAAGCUAGCGAACUGCUGGGUGGGACGGGGCCAUCGGUGGGUAGGUUGCGGGCAACGCUGACCGCUGGCGUUUCACAUUAAUGAGGACCUCACCUUAGUUUGCCAAGGUCUCAGUGAGUGUCGCAGUGGCCUGAUUACCAGUUACGGCUGCUGGGUGAGCUUUCGGGGGCGCGUACGUACGCAUUCGUAACUGACCGUACGUGUGUAUCAUGGUGGGCGGGUGGGGUGCCCGGUAAUUGUGUGCGCUAGGCGGCGACUGAGUGUGACACAGCAGAUAGUGAUGGCAGUAACACGUGGCAUAAUGCUGAUGGCACGGCGGCGUUUGUUGGCUUCAAUGCAGCACAUCGUCAGCCGUCGCGCGUGCAAGGGUUGUGUAUGUGGUGGCCUUUGAACAUGCUAUGCACGGCGGGGGACGUGGAAGUCCAACACUCACGGGCGGCGGGGCAACUCUACAGCCAACUACGGGCACUAAGGUUACUGCUAUUUACGCAUGGUGCAGCUCGGAAAUGUGUGACAGGCCUCGGUCGGUCUCAAUAGUAGCUAGGCACGCACCGUGCGUGGUGGCGGAGCAUGGCGGCGGGGCGUCGUCAGGCCUGCAGGUCCGCUUUCAGAUGUUGUGAAGCGGCCAUCAUUUACGGAGCGCCUGCUGGUGGCGAUACAAAAUUUAAGGGGAAUCAAUCAAGUGCGCCCGAGGGCAAUUAAGUCCCCAUAAUCCGAGCACGGGGCCGUCGGCUGAUGGCGGCCACGUGAGCAUUACUAAUUGCAUCCUAUCCCACAGCAGGAGGCAGGCACACAUGACACCGCGCUACUACGUACGUAGGGGAACAUGCGGUGUCGUCGCCAUGCGCAACGCCAUUAAUAGCAGUACGGUAGUGGAUGAUUCGAGUGGGUCUCUCUUGCGCUGCCCUGCGUGUAUGUGUGCGUGUCUAGCAGCCGCAGCAGGCGAGUGCGCAUAUGUGGUGAGUACGAUGGUACCGGCGCUGCACGUACGCAUGUACGUAUGUACGGCUUGGCACGAGGGAGUUGGCGGUUGGCUGCUAGCUGGAGAGGACAGAGGCGGAUGUAUGCAAUGCCGGGAACAGUGUUGUUCGUCACGGCAUCUGUCGCAGCGGUUGAUCACAGGGGCGGGCAUGCAUGUGUGUCUGCACGUACGUACGUUGAUUGACGAGCUCGGACGUACGCUGCGGCAUGCCGCUGGUUGCAGUCAGCCUGGCAAAGAUUAGUGGUGGCACUGUGCGGGCUACUACCAGUAGCAGCAGACAGACUGCCAUAAGAUGUGGAGUCGGAUGUGACAAGCCGACGCACAUGCCUGCCUGUUCCUGCCUGCUGGUUGCGGCUGGCAAUCGAUGGCCCGCAAGUAAGCAAGAAUCUCAUUAUCCACUUGCAUGCGGCAGUUCAAUGACGCGCUUGUUCAAUGACGCGCUUGCAAGGGCGUGCAAGGGAGGUUUCGAACUGCUUUUGCAUGCGCGUCGGAGCUUGGGAUUACUCUUGACGUGGCUGGUAGUGAGCAGCGGGAGCUCCCAUCCGACCAUAUGCAGCAGUGCGUGAGCGGGUGUAAGUGUAUGUUUACUUAUUACACCUGCUGCUCGCCUGUCUACGCGGUAUGCAGUAACCGCGGCGAUUAGCGUGCGCGGUGGCCUGGCUACCGACCUGUGAGUAUGUGCGUGUGGGUGGUUGUCGGACGGCCUCCAGUACGUAGGUUCCUUUGAAACGGGUAGCAGUUAUGGUCGGCAUGCAUUGGCGGUGCAGGUCAGCAGCCCAGCAGAGAAGGGGUUAUGUGUGCGUGGUUCUGCUGCGGUAUCCUGCCUGCUAUCUAGCUGAUGGCUGCUAGUGUGCUGGGAUUGUCAUAAGGGGCGGUCAACGGAUGGGGGUCAAUCGGGAAUUCGUAUAAUAAGGCGACGAGAAGGGACAUGCAUUCAAGACGGCACGCUGGCAGUGGUACGCUGGAUGGGCAGUUAUGGACUGGCGAAGUAGUUUCCAGGGAAUCCAACUUAUUGCUACACGUAAACUUAAAGGCCGCGGUAUCUGGUCUCGGGGUCCUUAUUGUCUGGUGACAACAUGAAGCGCUUUGGCAACUGAAUGUUAUGUGCGUGCAGUCCAAUUGGGUUGUUACUAUUGCAGUUACACACCGUCUGGACUUACGAAUGAGCGAGCAAAGUGGUCCAUGUGCGAGAAUGAGGGGGCUGCUGCUGUGUUAUUUUACAGUCACAUGUACCUCGAACCACUCACGGACGCCACUGAGAUUGCCGAUCUAACGUUACCGGGUGGGCCGGGUAGGCCGGCAGGCUACUCCUGAUACUCAAGCAAUUAUACUAAGGAAUGUGGUGGGUCCAUAAUGGGGCAGUGCUAGCUUCCGAUCGUCAUUUGCAACUCAAUACUCUCUUUACAGCCUCUUGCUUCGCCAGUGCGCGCAUCUAUGGACGCGGCCUUGGUGAAAGCCACGCAUGGAUGGCCGAACGUGGGGACGUGGACAGACGACCUGCCGGAAACAAGUGGGGAUGGGGCGCGGCGCCUGGACGAGGAGGGGGGGGAGGGCCCCCGCUAGUUCCGAGACCCCGAGAAAAAGACAAGGCCCGCGUAUCUGUCUGAUCUGGUUGAUCCUGUCUCAGCGCGAGCCCCAAUAUAUCGUCCUGAGUGGUUCGUCGGUUCUAGGCGCAAACUCAGCACAUUGCUUCGGCGUGUGGGGACGCGCGUUGGCGAGAGCCACGAAUGGCCCCAGUACCGUGGGGGCAUGUCGCAACCGUGGAGGGCACUGUAAACACAUGUACAU